AUGACGUCACUGUCCUCCCGUGAUGUCAGCGCGAAAAACCCGCUUACUCACGUGGCGCAGCCCAACGUACCGACCCGGCGAACAGAGCCUGAGCCUGUCCAAGCAGCUCCGCCCACCCCUUCUUCCACCCUUAACCAAUCAAAUUACACGUUUCAUGAAGCAUCGUUCAUAGAAGACACGGCAUUGGCUGAGACUCGGAAGUCAACUCGUGAUUGGUUAGAGAAGGCGAGGCUUGAAACGCCUCCUGAAAUGCCAUUGGACGAGCCGACGGCUACGCUCACCCUUCCUGUGCGGCCAUUGGCUGGCGUGAGACAUCUGACAGAAAAGGCCCUGCCUCAUUGGCUGAUUCUGACAGCUCAGCGAGUCGUGACACGCAUACUGAAGGUUUAUGAUCCCGAAAAAAUGCCUCGUAAGAAGCCGUUCAGCACCAAGCAGAAGAAGAAGCAGCUCCAGGAUAAGCGAGAGCGCAAGCGCGGGCCACUGGAGCCCGGCCGGUCCGAGUCCAACAGCCGAAGCCAGAGCAGAGAACGUGGGGAGGAGAACACAGACACCUCAGAUAGCGAGAGCGUCCGCCCCCAACUGAGGAGGAUCAAUCAGCAACCGCAGGUCCUGAAGCCUAGAGAAAAAGCAUAUGACCCCAACAGGUUCAGGCUGCAGUUUGAGCGAGAGAGCAAAGAGGAAAUUGAGCGCAGAAAGAAACUCGCCCAGGAGAAGAUAUUGGAGCCGGUCUCAGAAACCGAACUGGAGGUGGAUAUAGAGAAGAUUUAUAGGCCCGGCUCAGUGCUGGACUUCCCAAAAAGACCGGCCUGGAACUACGAGAUGAGUAAGGAGGCCGUGCUGUCCCAGGAGGAGAGGGCCUUUAAGGAAUAUCUGCAGAAGAUCUAUGAGAAGCAUACCCCUCAGGAGCUCAGCUACUUCGAUCACAACCUGGAGACAUGGCGCCAACUCUGGAGAGUUCUUGAAAUGUCAGACAUAGUCCUAUUGAUAACAGACAUCCGGCACCCGGUAUUACAUUUCUCUCCUGCCCUCUAUAACUAUGUGACUCACGAGUUGGACAGAUCAUUGAUCCUUGUACUCAAUAAGAUUGACCUGGCUCCCCCAUCACUGGUUGUAGCUUGGAAACAUUAUUUCCAGGAGAAGUUCCCUCAAGUCCAUGUGGUCUGCUUCACCUCCUACCCAAGACAUCCAGAUGAAGCACAAGACCCAUCUUCAGUGUUUAAGAAGCGCAGGAAGACGCGCCGGGUGUGGAACGCAGCCCUGGGCCCCAAUCAGCUCCUCCGAGCUUGUGAGAUCAUCACUGCUGGAAAGGUUAAUCUGACGUCCUGGAGAGAAAAGAUUGAGAGAGACUCUGCUGCCCUGCUCAGCGCUAGAGGAAGGGAAGACGACGAAGAGGAGAAGGAGGCUGAUGAGACGGAUGUUGUGGUCGCCCAGCAGGUCACGGAUGCAGAACUAGGGACACCCAGCAGAGAACGCUAUAAAGAUGGGGUGCUGAGCAUUGGCUGCUUAGGAUUCCCAAAUGUAGGGAAGUCUUCACUGAUCAAUGGCCUUGUAGGAAGGAAGAUUGUCAGUGUCUCCCGGACCCCGGGUCAUACCAAAUACUUCCAGACGUAUUUCCUCACCCCCACAGUGCGCCUCUGUGACUGCCCCGGCCUCAUCUUCCCUUCACUUAUAGAUAAGCAACAGCAGCUGCUUGCAGGAAUCUACCCUGUCGCUCAGAUCCAGGAGCCUUAUACUGCGGUAGGAUAUUUGUCCUGUCGAAUACCAGUUCCUAAACUUCUUAAACUGGACCAUCCAGAUGGACAAGAUCAGGGCUGGACUGCAUGGAGCAUCUGUGAAGCCUGGGCAAAUAAGCGUGGCUACAAAACUGCGAAAGCCUCACGCAACGACACAUACAGGGGUGCCAACAGCCUGCUGCGCCUUGCUGUAGAUGGACGUCUAUGCUUAUAUAUGAGACCACCGGGUUACUCCUGUCAGAAAGCCACUUGGGAGAAGCACCCAGAAACAUUGGAAAUUGUCUCCCAGGUUGAGUCACGAGGACAGUCGGAGAGUCACUCCUCUUCAGCCGCAGAAGACGAGGAGGAGGAGAUCUCCAGUUCAGGAGAAGAAGAGGAAGAACGUGACCGGGACGCAGAUGAGGAGGAAGAUGAAGAUGAAGAUUCCACAAAGCCACAGGCUACGAAAGGGACCAAAAGUAAAACUGCUGAUGUUAACCCUUAUGCCCUCCUGGCUGAGGACGAGUGUUGAGGAGGUUGUGUUUUGACAUUGGGAGGCUUGUCCAAAGUAAAGGUGAGGUCAUUGCCUCUAUACAACAACCUUCCCAUCAUUCACUUACUGCACAGUAACCAGGCAGAGCCACCCCCGCACAGUAAUCUGCUUUAUAAGAAGCUGACCUGUGCCCCAUGACUGCUCCCUGUACACUCCGUGUCCUGCUAUCUGUGUCUCUUCACAUGUGGCACAACUACAAUUCCGAGCAUGCUGAGGAGCCACAGGUGGCGUCCAAUGGCUUCACUUCACAGAAGGAUGGAAGCUCAUUGGGUUACUUUAUUUGCAGGAGACACAGAUGAGGCUUAUAUGAGAAUCUGUUACAUAAUAUGGCCUCCUCCCUGGGCCAGCAAUUCUUUAAAAAAGAAUUGUAAACAUUUACAAAAAGAUUUGUAAAUUACUUCUAUUAAAAAAUCUUAAUCCUUCCAGUACUUAUUAGCUGCUGAAUACUACAGAGGAAAUUCUUUUAUUUUUGGAACACAGAGCUCUCAUCUCUGACAUCUCUGUCCAUUUUAGGAACUGUCCAGAGCAGCAUAUGUUUGCUAUGGGGAUUUUCUCCUACUCUGGACAGUUCUUAAAAUGGCCAGAGGUGUCAGCAGAGAGCACUGUGGUCAUGAUGUCAGCAGAGAGCUUCCUCUGCAGUAUUCAGCAGCUAAUAAGUACUGGAAGGCUGGAAGGAUUAAGAUUUUUUUAAUAGAAGUAAUUUAGGGGAUAAGAUGUCUGAUGGCGGGGGUCCUGGUGCUGGGGCCCCCCGCAAACUCCUGCAGCAACGGGCGUUCUAAACAAAUACUGAGUUCCUGCAGAAGUUGUCGUGACUUCACGGCCACGCCCUUUGUGACAUCACGCCACGCCCCUCCAUUUAUGUCUAUGGAAGGGGGCAUCGCCGUGGAAGUUGCAGUUUUGUAACAGCUGGAGGCACACUCUUUGUAAAACACUUUUCGAGGAAUCUGUCGCACCGGACGGCACUUACACAUGAGCCUCUCUGUGUCUCUGACUGCCCCACAGACUGACAUGGCCAACUGGUGAUUUUUUUCCCUGUAGCAUCGUGUGAAUUAUAGGCGCGACGUUGACGUUUGCCAUUUUCUAUUGACUUUGAUUUCCCGCAGGCCGUAAGCUCAGCCACUUUGUGACCUUCGCCGAUACAAUGGACCGAAUUACUGGCAUCAUGACGUGAAACUAGCCGGGCCUAAGGUUCCCACGUGACGCCAUACCUCAGUCAUGUGACAGAAGUCAUCUCAAAAAACCAUCCAGCUCACAAAAUGGCCGCUUAUUCUGUGCAUAGACCCGACCACAUCCAUUCAAAAAAAAAUAUGGCGGAGUUGUGGUGUUUUAGGGUUUGUUUCUUUCGCCUCAGCCGAGUUGCUUCUACUAUACUACAUUGAUAUUGUGCAUGCUUAUUCCAUGAAUAUCGUAUGGAGGGAGAGCUUGUUGGGGGAGGGGCGGGGG